AAUGUCAGCAGCUUUUUAUUAAUGAAGAGCCACUUGUUAUCACCAAUGUGCACAUGAAAUGGAAAGGGAACGGAUUCUGGAAAACAACUUCUGUUUCAGCCUUGCAAGAUGCUGCAUGAAGUGUGUAAAGAAGUUUUUAAGUGACUGCUCUACUUGAUCAAGAUGGUGGACACUGAAAACCAGCUCUAUCCCCUUACUCCCUUGGAGGAGGAUGAUAUAGGCAGCCCUUUAUCUGGAGAGUUCCUACAAGAUAUGGAGAACAUUCAAGACCUCUCUCAGUCUUUAGGCGAUGAUAGCUCUGGAGCUUUAAGUUUAACAGAGUUCCAGUCACUGGGAAAUGGUCCAGGAUCUGAUGGAUCAGUUAUAACAGACACCCUUUCACCAGCAUCCAGUCCUUCAUCCAUUAAUUUUGCCACAGCUCCAGGUAGCAUAGAUGAAUCACCCAGUGGAGCAUUAAACAUUGAAUGUAGAAUUUGUGGCGAUAAAGCCUCAGGCUACCAUUACGGAGUACAUGCUUGUGAAGGUUGUAAGGGUUUUUUUAGAAGAACAAUUCGUUUAAAACUCAUCUAUGAUAAAUGCGAUCGCAACUGCAAAAUUCAGAAAAAAAAUCGUAAUAAGUGCCAAUACUGUCGUUUUCAAAAGUGCCUUUCAGUUGGAAUGUCACAUAAUGCAAUACGUUUUGGACGAAUGCCAAGGUCUGAGAAGGCCAAGUUGAAAGCAGAAAUUCUAACAGGUGAAAAUUAUGUAGAAGAUUCGGAAAUGGCAGAUCUUAAAUCACUUGCCAAAAGAAUUCAUGAUGCUUACCUGAAAAACUUCAAUAUGAACAAGGUUAAAGCCAGAAUCAUCCUUGCAGGGAAAACUAAUAACAAUCCACCAUUUGUUAUUCAUGAUAUGGAUACCUUGUGUAUGGCAGAGAAGACCCUGGUGGCAAAAUUGGUAGCCAAUGGAAUUCAGAACAAGGAAGCAGAAGUUCGAAUCUUUCACUGCUGCCAGUGUACAUCUGUAGAGACUGUCACAGAACUUACUGAAUUUGCCAAAUCUAUCCCUGGCUUUUCCAAUCUUGACUUGAAUGAUCAAGUGACACUGUUAAAAUAUGGAGUUUAUGAAGCCAUAUUUGCCAUGUUAGCGUCUGUGAUGAACAAGGAUGGGAUGCUGGUAGCCUAUGGAAAUGGUUUUAUAACCCGGGAGUUCCUGAAAAGCCUGAGGAAGCCAUUCUGUGAUAUAAUGGAGCCAAAAUUUGAUUUUGCAAUGAAAUUCAAUGCACUGGAACUGGAUGAUAGCGAUAUAUCCCUUUUUGUUGCGGCUAUCAUUUGCUGUGGAGAUCGUCCCGGUCUUGUAAAUGUAGGACACAUUGAAAAAAUGCAAGAGAGCAUUGUGCACGUAUUGAAACUUCACUUGCAAACCAACCAUCCUGAUGACAUCUUCCUCUUCCCGAAACUUCUCCAAAAAAUGGCUGACCUCCGGCAACUUGUCACAGAGCAUGCUCAACUUGUUCAGAUAAUUAAGAAGACUGAAUCUGAUGCACAUUUACACCCUUUACUACAGGAAAUCUACAGGGAUAUGUAUUAAGGAUUUUUAGUACUUUUUUCCACAAUAUUUAAAGACAAGAGCAAUACUAAUAACAGAUGGGAGCAAAACUACUUGCACAGUUACCUGCUGUUCACUCAGUCCAGAGCAUGAAAAAUCUAAAACCUGAGUAACUGGAGUGUUACACUUCUUUUGGUUUGGGAUCUUUUGUCCUCUUUUGAAAGAGUUCUGCAGAAAAAUACUGAUUAUAGUGCUCAUGAAGUGUCUUACAAUGGUUCUUUUAUUUGGAAAUCUGAAGGUUGGUAAGGAAUACAUAUUUGUAUAAUAAAUCAGAAUGUUAAGUAACAGACAUGAACAAAAUUGUAUUUCCUCUUGGCUUAGUCAUUUUAGAAUUAAUAUAACAAAUUCAGCAAAUUCUCUCCAGGUAUAUGCACAAUCAUAAAGAUUAUGCACUUUUGGCUAACAGUAAUUACUGAGAACCAACUAACACUUUUUCUUACAGCAGUCAGCCUAGGUGUAUCAAGUGGUUGGACAUUACUGUACAUACACUUCUGAAAAAUUUGAAAGACCUUUGAUCUGCUGCUGCUUUAAUUCCAUGAAAUGCAGUACAGCUUCAUAUAGUGUUACGUUAGUAUACCUUAGGAUUAGCGUGUUUAAAAGGUGGUUCUUUUAUGAAAUGAAAUAAAAUCUGAAGAGUUAUCUAAAAUACAGAAGAGAUUCUCCAUUCAGGUGUUUCUUGAAGAGUAAAUGUGGUAAAGCGAUGGAACCCUUUUCUCAAAAAUGUUUUAAGGAAAUAUGAAAAUGUUUCUGAGGAAAAAUAUGCCAUACUAUAUGUAUUUUGGAGAACUUGUAAUAGCUCAAGAUGCGGUUUUGAACUUAAAAAUACUAUUUUGAGUUAGCAGAAGUUUUGGAGAGACUGAAAAAUCUGAUCCUAGCCCAGAGAAAAGAAUUUCAACUGCACAGCAUUCUAGUGCAGUGAUAGCUUACUCUGAAGAAAUGAUUGUAUAGGAAAGGCACCUUCUUUCUCGACAAAUAUCUUGGCAGUAGAGUUCUUUGGACAUGUUUACAUUUCUGAUGAGUACACUGUUGGUUUUUUUCCAGCUAUCCACUUGGAUAUAUUUCUUUUAUUCCUUCUUAGGCCUUGUCGAUAUAAGUAUUAGCUAGAAUAUUUCACCAAAUUUUGUCCUUGUCCAUACAGCCAUAGUGGAUAAAGUGACAAUAUUACCAAGAACAGUGUUUGUAAGUGUCGAUUGUGUAAUAUUAUGAAAGAGAGCACAGAGUAAGUUUAUCAUGUUCCUGAGAGCAAACUAUGACUUUACAAUGGUACUUACUCCUGCCUGAUGUAAAAUAAGCCAUAAGGAAAUUGCUCGACUUUGCCAUUUUACAGGAUCUUUUAUCAGAGGGUACUACACAAAAGUGCUAGUUGCACUGUGCUCUCUCUUUUUCUUUUAAUUUUUUUAAUAUGGUCACUUCACAUUAUUAUUUCCUUAUUUUACUGCUUGUUUCAUAACACGAAGAUCUCAGGAGCCAAUCUUAGCAUUUUCACAGUAGUUAAGCUUUCAGUGGUGUAGGAGGACACUUUGUACUUAUUUUAUUGUAGCACAUUUGAAGACUUCAGAAUCUUAAACCUUCACUGCAAGAACUAAGUAAGAUCAAUGAAGUGAGAGCAUCACAUUGAUUCUUACUUUAGACACAACGUUUGUUUCUUUACAGGCCCGCUGGCAUGGCUAGACACUGGAUAAAUUACAGGUUUAAAAGCAAUUUGGUAUUUAUCCAGACAGUGGUCAUUAGCAGAGGCUUUAGUGUCAGAUAUAUUUAGCAUAAAAUAUUGAAGCAUAGGCCUCACAUUUGGUGACCAGCUGGGGCAGGAUAAAAACAAUAAAUACAUGUGCACAAAACUCUCUCUCCUUCUCUGUCACUAGUCAGCAACAGGAAGAAUAGACCUUAACGUUACAGCUAUUUCUAACAUUUCAUUAAGAGAAGAUAGUUGCUCUUACCGGGAAACAGCAGGUGAGAAAUAGGUUGUCUUUUGUGUCUUACAGCAGUACAUAGUGUGCCCUCAUAAAUAAGAAGAGGAUUUGAGCAAUGAUGCUGCUUUAUUCUGCAAGUCAGCCAUGUUUCACUAGGGAACUGUGGGGUUUAGGCAUAAGACACUGAGCAUUGUAAUAACAGAUACACAAUAUUGGUUACUCAGAAAACCCUGUCAACAUAUCAGCUGUUCUGUGAUGGCAUACUGAAACUCUCAUAACCAACUGUUUUAAGUUUAUCUUCUAAAAGAAGUAGAAGCUGAUUCCCCCCCCCCAAAGCUCAGAUUUCAAAGUUGUGUUCCAUAGUUGGGGUGUGCUGAAGUUUCUCAGGAAAAUCAGGCACAGUCAUCGUGGACAAAAACUAUUUUUCCUGCUCUUGUUCUCAAACAUGGCUAAAACACUUUACUGAAACCUUAAAAAACCAUGGAAAAUUUAAUAACAAAUACUUAAAUUCUCAGCAAAACUAUAAAGAAUUGCAAACAGCAUCAUUCAGUGGAAGGCCUAACAUUUAGCUAUAUUAGCAGCUGCUUGUAACAGGUUCCUAUUAUUGUCAUUAGGAAAGUGCAUAAUUUGCAUUUUUUCCUGUUCCAGAUCCUUUUGUUUUGUUAUUUGAAAACCAGCAAGCAUCUUUUGACUAGUUCCUUGGACACUGAAGUUUGAUUUCUGUUUUAAAUUAAAUUGCAGACCUUUAAUGAAAAAAAAAUGGAAAGAACGCAUCUCGGAAUUACAGAAAUGUGAACAAGAUGUUAACAUAGCCUAAAAUCCUGGCCAGAUUCCACUGCCCACACUGCUGCACUAUGCAUAUGCCCACAGUCCCUGCAAAGGCUGACACAGG